AUGGCUGAUAUGACUUCCGUUGGUGAGGAGAAACUCUCUCCUACCCACGAUGACCUCCAGCAGCCCGGUAACGGCGCUGACGCCCGCGGCACCAAGCGCGGCCGCAUGAGCGCCGAGGACGACGACGAUGAUGAUGACAAGCCUGGCCGUGAGCGCCGCAAGAUUGAGAUCAAGUUCAUUCAGGACAAGUCGCGUCGCCACAUCACCUUCUCCAAGCGGAAGGCCGGUAUCAUGAAGAAGGCUUACGAGCUGUCCGUGCUCACCGGUACCCAAGUCCUUUUGCUGGUCGUCUCCGAAACCGGCCUCGUCUAUACCUUCACCACACCCAAGCUGCAGCCGCUUGUCACCAAGGCCGAGGGCAAAAAUCUGAUUCAGGCCUGUUUGAAUGCCCCCGAUCCCACCACCAACGAGAAUGGCGUUGAUGCCGGCGAUGUGCCCCCGGAGGCCCCCGAGGAUGUCGCCCACAGCAACGUCAACGCGCCCCAGGGCAACAUGCCCCGUCCCGGCAUGCACCCUGGCUAUAUGACCAACGAGCAGCAGCAGCAGAUGGCAUACUACCAGAACCUCCAGCAGCAGCAGCAGGCCGGUGGUCAGUACCCCGGCAUGCCCGUGGGCAACCGCAUGCCACCGCAGCACCAACCGACCGCGUAA